AUUGCGAUUGCGGCACAUGUUUCGGUCGAGUGGAUUAUCAGUGCCCGUUCUCCUGGAGUGGAGUUGUUAUUUUACAUCGAACAAUAACUGCUUGCCCUUAUCACACGAUAUACUGUUGUGUGUCGACAAUUUCCGUGGGAAAAGCGUAAAGUAUUGCAAACAAUUGGACGAAGCAAGCAAUUUGCCACUCAACCAAGCAAAAAAGGGAAAAUCAGAACCCACCCGCCUUUAAAAAAUCAAACAACAACAAUGUAAACCACCAGCUGGAGGGCGCCUAUCUCUCACUCUCUACGCAACGCAACGCAUCUUUGGUGCGUGGUUGCGCCCCUUGUUUGGGUGGUGCGGAGGUGGUGCGGACAAGCGACGACGCCGUCUCGGAGGUCAUCAUCGUGAUUGCCCUGCCUGGCGACUUACCCAUAGCAUAAUAGCUUCUCUUCGUGGGUAAUUCCAACCGGCCAAGAAGAGAGCGACGAAGAGAGAGAGAGAGCGAGAGAAUAGUUGUGUAUUUGUGUCACAGUGUGAAUCAUUCCCGUGACGACGGCCGCUUGGGGGGGUCCAGGGGGCUACACAUACACACACACGCCCACAGGCGGACCAUUAUCGACAUCGGGUAUCGCGCCUAAUACCCUACCCCCUCCCCGGUUCAAGUGCGCUUCCCUUCCAGUAUGGAAAAACGUUCGGGCAGAGCGAACCACACGACGACGACGACGACAAAGAAAGAGCGCAAUUCAUCUGCUGCCGCCAUCAGUAAGGAAGUAGGCGUCACAAGCGCUGCUGGUGUGGACAGUCGCAGCAGCAGCAGCAGCAGCAGCAGCAAGUUGGAAAAGAACGUCGUACACCACCCCGACAGUACUUCCGGGGACCACUCUCCCGUCCAGCAACCCACAACACCAGUGGCCGCGUCCAGUGGUGGCGGUGCCGACACACCGGGGCCCAAGUCCGAGGACAGCCUGAGCAUCAAAUCGUCCGACUCGGUGACGACGAGCGGCGAGUACGAGAUCGUCCCCGAAGCGCCCUCCCCAGCGGAAGAGCUUGCGGACGGCAGUGGAGGUGUGCUGGCGGGUCACCGGCUGGGGCGGGACCCGAUACGCAGCACGGAAGCGAAUGGCUGCGGCCGCAGCGACGGUGGCGGUGACAUUGGUGCUGAUCUAGCUGAGUGCAUUGCGGACGACGGUGAGCAGGAGAAGCGCGGUGCUGGAGAAGGCGGGUGCAAGGAGGCGGCGGGAGAAGGCGUGAGUAAGCGACCGGAAGGCAAAAAGCUGACCGCCAUCUCGCCGAUACUGAACAUCGAGGGUAGCGGCAACAUGAUGGAUCUGGAGAAGAACAUGAACGAGGUGAUACACGAGCUGGAGGAGGAGCGGACACUGAGCGGGGCAAGCGAUCCGAGCGCUUCCAAUAAAGCCACCCCAGUGGCCGUCCGGAGUCCCGAAAAGCACGGUUCAACGGCACAAGACGGCGGCACGAGCGCGUCGAAGAAGCCACAAGUUCCCACCUCGCUGCGACUUGGGCUGCAAAGCUUGGGGGCCAACUUCGGCGGCGGCGGCGGUGGUUCUACCGACACCACGCCAAAUGCACUGCUCUCCCCGGAUGGGCUGAUCGGUCGCGGGGUAGGACAGUCCGUGUUCUACGACUGCCUGGACAGCAGUCCGCUGACGGAGAAGAAGGACGAUAUGAAACCGGUGGCAGGAGGUGGCGGCGGUGGUGGUGCUGCUGCUGCCGCCGGUGAAACCGAUGAAGAGCUGUCCGACAUCGAUCAGGACUGUACGAUAUUCAGCGGCGUCACGUAUCUCGGUGCGUCGCGCAUCAAUGCGCCCAAGUCGGAGCGCGAAAUACUGCAGAAAGUGACGGAAAUGAAUGCGGGCGGCGGCGGUGGAGGAGGAGCUGGUUCCGGUGUCGGUCCCGAACCGGGCAGUGGAUCCGACAGUCCGCUCGGGCUGAAAGUGUCCGUCAGCAUUCCGACCUGUUCCGAGGGGCUCGUAGUGUUGUACGACUGUGAGUCGAACGUGGUGGUGGCAACGUACGAGGUGCUGCGGAUACUGUUCUUUGCCCGCGGUCCGGUCGGUUCGCCCGAUCAGGCCUGCUUUGCCUUCACCUGGUCCCAUGGGGAAUCACAGGAAACGGCCGUCCAUCAGUGCCAUGUGUUUCGCUGCAACAUCCCGGAAGCGGUCACGCAAGUUAGCACCUGCUUCUCGAAAGCCUUCCAGCGCGUGCUGCCCCCGAGCAUACCGGCCAGCAUGACCACCUCCCUGGCAGAGAGUGGCGUCAACGUGAUGCUCUCCUCGGUCACGUCCGACACCGCGGGCAACCCGAUCCAGUCGGCCAUGUACGAGUUUGCGGUGUCGCUCGAAAUAAAGGAGAAGGAACGCAACAGCAGCUACGUGACGGUGCCGCGCGACGUCAAGUCCAGCUUCCGAUUGCGGUGCCGAACGGACAAGGAGGUGUGCAUUACGGUGCGGCAGGUGCCGUCCGACCGCUUUCCCUCCCUGCUGAUCGAACGGUGCUUCGGGGUGCUGCUGAGUCCGGGCCGAAUCGUGCGCCAGGCCGACAUGCAGCUGCUCGACAUGGUUAGCAUGGGGUACGUGAAGCCGCCGGAAGGUAAUGCACCCGCGAGCAGCGGCACAGGCAACAACGCCGCCAGCAGCAGUAGCGGUGGUGCUAACACGGCAAGUGGGGCCAGCGGUGUGGCGAGCGGGGCAAACUUCUCCCAAUUUCCGUACCAAAUCAAGGCCGAAUGGAAGGCGAACGCGUUCGAGCCGCUCAACAUGGAGACGCCCAAAAAAGCGCUCACCGUCGCGGUGGAUCUAGUCAUCAAGGGCAUCCAGGAGCCGGUGCGGUUCGUGAUCGAAACGUGCGUCGCGAUCCUGUCCCAGAGCGAGCUGCGCAUCGUGCCGAACAUGUUCAGCAACAAGCGGCCGCUGCUGCUGCACUUCUACCUGACGCUGCGCGAAAACGGCGAGGGCACGUGGGAGGUGGAUUCGAUCGAUCAUUCGGACGAGAUCGUGGAGCCGCAGGCACCGUCCGCCGCGUCCUCUCUGUCGCUGAACUUUAACUUCAAAAACUGGACCUUCCGCAACUCGGCCAGCGUGCAGUCGAUGCAGGACUUUGACGACCCGAGCCCGACCGACUACAGCUCGGACGGGGACGAACCGCUGCUGAGCGGUACGGGCGAGGUGUCGAAGAACUGUUCCGCCGCCCAGCUGGACGAGUGGCAGGGCAUCAUCGUGGAGUGGUACCAGGAGGGGCCGGAAAGGCGGCCGAAAAAUCUGCCCGCCCUGGUGCGGAUGGGCAUUCCGGAGCCGCUGCGGGCCACGAUCUGGCAGCGGUUGGCGUGCGUGGAAAAUCGGACGGAAAUGUUCGACUCGUACCGGGUGCUGAUUACGAAGGAGACGAGCUGCGAGUCGGUGAUCCAGCGGGACAUUAAUCGGACGUUUCCGGCGCACAAGUUUUUCAAGGAAAAUGGCGGCACGGGCCAGGAGAAUCUGUACAAGGUGUCGAAGGCGUACGCGGUGUACGACACGGAGGUGGGCUACUGUCAGGGGUUGAGCUUCAUCGCGGCCAGUCUGCUGCUGCAUAUGCCCGAAGAGCAAGCGUUCUGUGUGCUAGUGGCGCUGAUGUACAACUACGGCCUGCGGGAUAUGUACAAGAUGGGCUUCGAGUCGCUCUACCUGCGGCUGUACCAGCUGAACCGUCUGAUGAAGGAUCAGCUGCCCGAUCUGUACGAACACUUUGCCCAGAUGGGCGUCGAGUCGCACAUGUUCGCGAGCCAGUGGUUCCUGACGCUGUUUACCGCCCGCUUUCCGCUGUACUUCGUAUUCUACAUCCUCGAUGUGUUUCUGCUCGACGGCAUACCGGUGCUGUUUCAGGUCGCGCUAACGCUGCUAAGCGUUUGCCGCAAGGAUCUGCUCGAGCUGGACUUUGAGGGCAUCCUGAAGUACUUCCGCGUGACGCUGCCGAAGAAGUGCCGCAGCGAAACGCAGGCCAAGAAGCUGAUGAAGCUUUCGUUCGAGUGUAAGGUGAAGAAGCUGAAAAAGUACGAGCUGGAGUAUUUGGCCAAGAAGGAAGAGACGGAGCGAAAGGAGCAGGAGCUGAAGCAGUACGAGCAGCGGUACGGCGAGGAGCGCACCAAGCUGCAGCAGGAAAUUGUGGCGCUGAACGAAAAGAUUGAAGCGAUGGCACGGGAAGAUCGGAAGAAUGCGGGCAUUAUACAGGACUACAAGCGCAUCAUACAGCGGCAGGAGGCGGAAAAUGGAAAGCUGCACACCAUGCUGGAUGAUUUGACGAAAACGAUUUCCACUUGCAGUAAAUGCACGGCAAGCAUACCACACUCGUCGCCGCUGCACAAGAGCUAUGGGAAAAACUUUCACCAGGCGAAUACCGUCAACAACAAUAAUGAGCAGCAAACGCAUCCGCUUGCCACCGACCAGCCGGACGGUGGUAGUUCGGCUGGCACCGCGGGUAAAAAUGCGGCACCGUCCGCCGCUAUUGGUGGGCUUGGACCGCUAGAUCCGCUGGUGAUUGCGUCGCAGCGAAUACGGGAGCUGGAGCUCGAGCUGGCCCAAACCAAACUGGCACAGGUUGAGGCGGAGUGUAAGAAUCAGGAUCUUCAUCACCAGCUAAACACAACCGUUACCGAGCUGCAAGCGACACGCAGCAGCUGGCAACCGUGGCUGUCCAAGACGCUUAACUCGAUACAGGAGAAGGUGGCCACCAAGCGGGACGUUAAUGCACCCGCUCCCACGUUCCAGUCGUAUGCCACCACCGAUGCAAGCAUGAAAGGCAACUCCAACACUCUGCCACACGUACGGAACAACAACAACAAGACGCCCCUGGCACAACGGCACAGUGUAGCGCAGGUAAACUACUCCGGAUCGGACAGGACGACCACCGAUGCGGACGGCAACGGGGAACCGGCGGUACUAGCCCGAGCCAAGUACGACAGCAGCGUAAACAUACUGUACAAGGAUACACGGUGCAAUAGCUUGAAGUAGAUCGAAGGUGGCGCUGCUACUUGGUGCUGUGCGCAUGCUUUGUCCGCAGGGCGCCAAUGUUAUAGUCCAAUAUGCUUCGCACAAGUGUGAUGCGAGGCGGCGCUGCUACGCCUAGUGUUUAAGAGAUGCUCGUUCGUAGCCAACACACCGCUGUGAUUGUGUGUGUGAGUGUGUAGCUGUAUGGGAAAGCUAGAAGAGAACCCCCCAUCGCGGUAAGAGCCAGCCAUCAUCAAUAUUCUUGUUGUUUUAGUGUAUUUUGUGGUUAGGAAGGAUCAGGGAUGAGGGUCGAACCGGUGCAAACCUUCUUGCAAGCACAGAGAAGGAAAAGUUGAUCGAAAAGAAGCACUUUACACACUACAGAUCGAUAUUACUGAUUCAGUUUCACAAGCAAACUACUUUAUACAAACACAUGACAAACCGGCCAUAGCGGUUCUCCCCACUUAUCUCUCCACGAAUUGUUCGAUUGAAAUAGCGGUACUAAUGAACUAUUUACCUUACUUUUUUGUGUUUAGCACCACCAGUGUUAAGAAACAUUCCUUGUGAUAGAGGUUCGAAAAAAAAACUAUAUUCACGAACGCGUUACCAAAAUUACCUUUACAAGCGUGUGCGGCUUAUCUUUUUUUUGCGUUUAAGAUACUAUUACUUCGAAAACGAAACCCGACCCAAAAGAGGAGGUUUAAAAUAUUAUUUAAAAUUGGAAUUUGAAAUAAUGGAUAGAAAGUUGACUAAAUUGAUUACUCUGUACUAACUUUUCAAAGCGAAAUGUUGCCUAACUCUACAUUUUUAGUGUUAAAUUUCGAUACUUUACAUGUUCAUUUGAAUUUCCUUUUUGGAAAAUGAACCAAGCUUUUAAGUAUACGUUGUUUUCGUUUUAGUCGUGCUAGGUACGUUCGCGAGCAACCACGAGGAAAAUUCCUCUCUCACGGGGCGAUAUUUAGUGCUUAUGAGUGAUAGUUUGUCUUUGCGCUCGUGCUUGCAAGUGCUGCAGAAAUUCUAAUUGGAAUAGAUAUUCAUCCCAUGCAUCUCAUUUUAACUAGUUCUCGGUUGUAGUUUUUGCACAAGAGAGAAGGACGCAUAUCAUUGGUUAGCAGUGUGUUUUAGCCGAGCCACCACCACCACCACCAAUUGUUAAUUGUUAGGGGUUUUUUUUGGUUUGAACAUUUUCCCGGGUCAGGUCUGGACAAACAAUCUCUCACAAUUUCCAAUCCAAUAUGACGCACGAACCACCCUUUUCUCAACGGCGUAAGCAAAUUCCAGCUCCAGUCUAUCGUACGCGAAGAAAGAAGAAAUAGAGUAGCCCGAACAGGCGGUACAGCUUAAAAGCAGCCCAAUUUACACUGCAUCAGGAAAGGAGGAAAGGGAGAAAACGGCAAGCUUGUUCAGAACCGGCUAGUAGCGAAGGAACACGAUUAGGACGCAUAUGAUCCUCUGCGGUAGGCAAAAAGUAUAUUCACAUUCUCAACAUAUUUAUAAUUCCAAAAAUAAAUAAACCCCCGCGGGAAAGCACCUGGUCAAAGGCAGGGGGUGUUCAUUCGGA